AUGUUUGGAUUGGUGCGCAGGGAGAUGUUGCAGGCGCUGGUGUUCCUGCAUGAGCGCAACAUCAUCCACCGAGACAUCAAGAGCGACAACGUCCUGGUCGGCCAGAACGGAGAGAUCAAAAUGACGGACUUCGGGUUCUGCGCGCAACUGACGCCGGAGAAGUCGCAGCGCCAGACGAUGGUCGGCACGCCAUACUGGAUGGCGCCCGAGCUCAUCGGCCGCAAGGACUACGGUCCUGAGGUGGACAUUUGGUCCCUGGGCAUCAUGGCGCUCGAGAUGAAAGACGGGGAGCCGCCCUACCUGCACGAGGACCAGGUGCGCGCCCUGUACCUCAUCGUGACCAGAGGCAAGCCCCCCAUCAAGAACCACGACAAGCUCUCCCCCGAGUUCCGGGACUUCCUCGACCGCUGCCUCGAGGUCGAGAAAACAAAGCGUGCCUCUGCCGCCGUCAUGAUACAGCACCCAUUUUUGAACAAGGCCCGGCCUCUGGUCGACCUCCAACGGCUCGUGGAGGAGACGAAGCAGGCGACAAAACGAUUGUCCGAUUAAAUUUACGGACAGACUUUCAAUUAAAUUCUUUACAUUAAUUCAUUAACUAUUGAUUUAUCAAUAACAACCAUCGCCGAUACAGAUGAUUUUUUCAUAAAUUGUUUAUGAUAAUAACACCUUCACAAUUUAAAAUCUAUAAUAUUUUAUAUUUGGAACAGAAAUAUUAAAUAAAUUUAAUUUUCAUUGCAUGCUGACGCUCGAAUUCUUAUUAUCAAAUGAGAUUUUAAUUUAUUAAAUAAUUCGCUACAGAUUGUUAUUGAUUGCUAAUGAAAAAAACUGUCCGUUUAUAAGCAUAUUGAUACAAGUUAUUUACAAAAUUAAGCUCAAAAUAUUGUAUUCUCUCGGAUACAUUGAACCUCGUGUAAGAUCACAAGCAGACUUGCGUGAAAUAAAUAUAUAUUAUUCAGUUAAUGGGUGGACUCGAAUAGUUGUCGGAUUUCUUGUCCAUGAACGUUAAAGAUAUAAUAUAGAUUAUGUAUCAAAUUAAUAAUUCUUCAAGAUUUUUUAUUCUGCCGGUUUAGAGAGGAUGGAUCAGAAAUGUUUUAGUCUACUCUGAACGAGUGAGUAAAAAGUUAUGUUAUUUUCAGGGCACAAAACUUUCUCAUCUAUAAUUGGAGGGAAAUUCUUAAACGUUUCCAAUCUUGACAAUAAUCAGCCGCCUUGUAAUGAAGAGUUUCCAAUGUAAUUUAAGCGCAUUUAUUUCAUACAAUUCAGGACAUUGAAACGCGUGCACAAGUGAGAUUCGUUGUGAAGCAUACACGUGAAGACAGCAGACAAGCGACUUAACAUGACAGCAGACGAGCGACUUUACAUAAUAGCAGACGAGCGACUUUACAUGACAGCAGACGAGCGACUUUACAUGACAGCAGACGAGCGACUUAACAUGACAGCAGACGAGCGACUUUACAUGAUAGUUGCAGUAUUUUCCUGACCGCAUUAAUAAUAAAAGAUUCAUUGAAUUUCCAGAAAUGAUCAAAUUUUUUAGAUUUUUGGCCGCAUGAUGUAUCCGACACUUAAGUGACGGUCGAAAUAUGAGUGAAUGCAUUUGGUAACAUUGUUUGAUUUAAAUUACGAGUAUAAUCAUAGCAAUUUAUUAUAAGAAAUUCGUGAUCGGUAGAUUAUCAACUAUUCGUAUGACGUAGAGGGAAGAAAAUUUGAAAAUGUAAUAGAAUACAACUUACCGAGUCAUUGAAAAUGUCAAAUUGUUUUCUCCCAUUCACCAACAUUUUGCUUAUCACUUAACAUUUUGAUGGAAUUUCAGUGGGUAAGAUUUAAGAAACACGACUGAAAUUUUCAUCAAAUCUUAGGAGUGAAUAACUAUAAGAUAGAUAUGAUUAACAAAUAAAUAUAUUAGUUACGAGUUUAAAUUAAAUUCCUGACUAACA